AUGUCAAGUGGUCUUUGGCGGAGCGCAGAUGGCUACGGCUACAGUGGUGCGACAUGGCGAUGGGGCAGGGGUGAAGAGCCUGAGGCUUGGCCAGCAUGGUCGGCGAUGAGCUCAGCUGCUGGCGGUCAAGAUGGGACGACGGCAGAUGAGCUUGGUGACGCGCGACAGGCAGCUCCAGAUCCGGGAGCUCUUCCAGGACCGACGUGGAAUAGGAGACCCACUCAGAGGCAGUGGGACGGGGAUGGCUGGCAGCAGAACCAGCACUGGAACGCUGUGGGGUGGCAGUGGAACCAGUGGUGGCAGCCCUCAGGUCAAGGUGCCCGGGGUGAUUUUUCCGAUCCACCAGCAUGGGGCGGGUGGAGCAGUUACCGACUGUGGAAGAAGUCGGUGCGUCGAUGGGAUGCCAACACGGAUGUGCCCACUUGGCGAAGAUUUGAGAAGUUGUCGAAGCAGAUGGAUUGGGAGCUUCAGGCGAAGUUCGAACAUGUUCCGGAUUCGACACUUAGCUCGGCAGGCUACCUGGACGAAGUGCUGCGCAUCUUGGACGCGGUCGCGGGCGAGAAGGAGGCAAGUGAGAAACGCAGGGUUGUGCGAGCAGCUCUGUUUGAGGGACAGAGGAGGAAGGACGAGACGCUGUCGCAGUUUGCGUUGCGACGGGAGCAGGAGUUCACCGGCAUGGACCCAUACCUGCCGGUUCCCUCGGAGUUGAAGGCUUUCAUCUUAGAGGAGACCGCUGGGCUGACGAGGCAAGGCGUCCAGAACCUCCGGACUCUGACAGGUGGCGGCACUGACUACCAGAGGGUGAUGAAUGCUCUCAAGCUUCUUGACGUGGAGGAGGAGCCGCUGGUCAAGGGCAAGACGACUCUCUUGGUCGGUGACGACGAGGAUGGCGGCGAUGGAGAAGACAGCGAAGGCAGUGAGCUGGAGAACUUCAUGGCCGAAGUUGAUGGCAUGGAGGAGGAUGCGGCUUUGGAAGUACUGGCGGCGUGGGAAAAGGGGAAAGAUCCUGCCAGGCGCUCUUGGAAAGAGAACAAAGAGCGCAAGUUGGCUGCUAAGAAGGACCGACGAGUUUUCGGACGAGGUGGGCGCCGAGGACGUCUUUCUUUGGAUGAGCUGAAGAAGAUUACGAAGUGCGCCAACUGCGGUGAGAAGGGGCAUUGGCGGGAUGAGUGCAAGAAUCCCUAUAAGCCUCGCCAGGUGAAGCCAGAUGGAGGAGGCAGCGGUGGCAAAGCAGUCUCCUUCGUCUACUUUGGCCCGGGGAAUGACCACCCGGCGGCCAGCACCUCGACGUUUGUGGGACUGGUGGGGGUUGGCAAGGCAACGGACCAGAACGAUCUCGGCAGCACGAUUCAACGCAAGUUCCAGGAGAAGGAGGCCCAUGAGGCGCAGGAUGACGCGGAGACCCAGGACGAUCUCGACAGCAUGAUUCAGCGCAAGUUCCAGGAGAAGGAGGCCCAUGAGGCGCAGGAUGGUGUGGAGGAGAAGGAGGCCCAUGAGGCGGUGGCUUCAGGUCGUCAGGCUCAGGACGAUCUCGGCGGCACGAUUCAGCGCAAGUUCCAGGUGAAGGAGGCCCUUGGUAGUGAAAUGAUAACAGAAGGACAUCAGUGGUGUGGUGCAGUUGCUCUAGAUUCAGCCUUGAAGCAGUGCCUUGAGAGCCGUGGUCUAGGACACGAAGGCAAGGAAGCGUCCAUCUUUUUGUGCUUAGACCCAGGGCAUGCCAUAUUGGACAUUGGCGCUGGACAGGACUUGAUGGGUCUUCCUGCCUACCAAAAGCUUGAGAAGCGUCUACGUGGCCAAGGUCUUCGCUGUGUGAAGGUUGACGGGUACUCAGCUCCUCCGUCUGGAGUGGGAGGCAAGGCAACUCCUUUGUUCCAGGCACUGGUUCCAUGCAUUCUUGGCAGAGUUCCUGGCAUUGUCAAAGUGACGGUGGUCAAGGAGGACAUACCUCAUCUUCUGUCAGUUGGACUCCUGGAGGCGACCGGGGCAUGCAUCAAUAUGCGCUCGAACGUUGUCGAGUACCAGGAGCUCGGGACCAAGGAGCCCAUGCAGCGACUGAGAUCAGGACACCGUGCAGUCGAUGUAGCCUCGUGGGAGGGUGGAGCUUUCCCUGUUCCAGAUGGGCUGUGCCAAGAAUACGGCUUGGCCCCUGAUGCUUUUCAGCUACGUGACUCGCUCUCGAAGGAUGCGAAAUACAUGAAGGGCUUUAGCAGAUGGGAAGGGAACAGCAACGUCGGCUCUCUGGUGGUGCGCGAGGACUACAGGAGGGCGCACGAGCGCCAGGUGGACCGUCGAUGCCCGCAUCCGCCGGAGUCGGUGGUGAACGGCGCCAACCAGUACGGCAGCUGGGAGCGGUGUCUUCUGUGCAAGACGAAGCUGAGUUAUGCUCCACACCGCGUGCGUCCCCCGCCGAAGAAGAAGGGCGCCAGACUCGAGACCGCGUACCAGACCCGGGAGGUGCCCAAGAUGAAGGUGAAGGCCGGGUACGAGCCCCAGGCGAAGGCCCCUCAGGGGCACAGCGGCAGCUCCACCGACUCUGCGGAGAUGAUCGAGGCCCUGGGCAGGGUGAUGUUGCAGAGCACAGCGGCGUUGCAGACGACCAUGGCCGAGUCCAACCAGCAGGUCAUGAGCGGAAUCUCCGAGAGCAACCGCCAGGUCCGGGAUGGCGACCUUGGUGGAAUCCAUGCACAGCUUGAGGAACGAAGUGGCGGCCGUGGCCCGCUCGAACCCCCUUCCGCAGUAGGACGUGCAGAUGCCGAACGGCUUCUCCGAACAGCGCCAGUGAGUGAACAACGGGCGGGCAAGCUCCUGAGGCAAGAGGACGGGACUUACUUGACGGUUCUCAGGGGUGGUGAGGCACAGGAGAUCCCCCAGACGCACCUGCUGUGCCGCUGGAGUCUCCCGGCCCUGGACGAGCACCUGCUCGACGAGGACCUGGCCGACGAGAGCUACGUGACGAUCACCCGGAAGGAGAAGAAGAAUCUUCGUCGAGGUUUCAAGCUGGCUGGCGAGCUUCACGGGCUAGGAGCCGGCCGGGCCAAGGCUAAAGUUUGGGAGGUCUUCGACAGCCUCCGCUUGGAUGCCGAG